UGUAUUGUUUAAGUGUUAAAGUUACAAUAAAAUGGCUGAACUUCAAGAAUAUGAAGAAGUAAGACCUGUAAGACGAGAUGAGAUAUAUGUCUACGAUGACAUAAAGAAUUAUAAUAAGAUGGACAAUGUGAGCAGUCCAUCGUGGAAACAAUAUCUAAAAAUGUUUAUCAUGAUGAUAUCAGUUUCUUUGAUGAGUGCUGUUGUUACUUAUUUUAUGGUUAAUGCUCAGCUUCAGCAGAAAUUGAAUUUAUAUGAUAAAAAAAUUGCAGAUAUUGAAAAGGAAAAAAUGGAUACUGAAAACCGAAACAAUAUAACGUUUUCUGAUUUACAAAAACAGAUUAAAGAUAGCACAGAACAGGGUAAAUAUGAAUCAUUAUAAACAGAAA